AUGAACAAACUGUCUCAAGAUACAUUUGUUGAUGGUUUUGAUCCUUCUCAAGUGAAAGUUGAAAAAGUUGAAAAAAAAAGUAAAACACGAGCCAAGAAGACGUCCACACCACAGUUACGUGAUGAGCUAAUACGUCGAGCCGGAGAAAGAUCACCGGAUGCCCCAUUGGUAUAUAUCCGUGAAUCUGACUGGGAAAAAGUAAGAAGUUGGUCAACUUCCCCCACGUACAAGGAGGUGGAUGGAUUUAAAAACCUUGUUCCUCGUAUUGUCAAGGCAGUUCAGCCAGCAAUAUACCAGAAGGAUUUCACUGUCGAUCCGUAUACCGUUACAUAUGUCCCGAUGCCGAAGCUAAAUAUAAGUGCUUGUGAUUGUGGUGUGUUCACGGUGAAGUUCAUAGAGUGUAUUGCGCUUGGACUGGAUUUGUCAUUAGUGAACGAUGAAAACAUCAAGGAAGCUCGCCUUAGGAUUUUGUGGGAUCUUUGGGAAGCAGCUAAUGACCCUGAAUUGGUUGAGAAGAUGGCAUUGUAUAAACCUCCAGAAUGUUUGUCUUCGACUAUCACAGAGAUUCUGUGA